UCUCCUCCCUGCUACCACUUCAUCUCCUUCCCUUCCUCUCCGAGUCUAUAUAUGCUCGUAUCCCAUUGCUAUCCGGCUCACGGUUCCGCUCUUUUCUCACACAAAUUAGUAAGAUUCAUUCAUUAAUUCCUCCGUGGUGCAUGUGAGAUGGGACUAGACGUCGGAGAGAUUGGGAUGGGCGCCGAUUUGAGCCUGGAUCUGAGGUACUUCGUCUCCAAGGCCGUGAGGCAGACCAAGGACGCGCCGGCGUCGGACAUGGACGCCUGCAUCCGGCGGCUCGAGGAGGAGCGGGGCAAGAUUGAGGUGUUUAGGAGGGAGCUCCCGCUCUGUGCGCGCCUCCUCGCCGACGUGAUCGAUGUCAUGAAGGUGGAGGCAGAGAAGAAGAGCGAUCACAAGGAGGAAGAUGAGGGCGCCACCGGUGACAAGAGCAAGUGGAUGAGCACGGCGCAGCUCUGGACAGGCGAUUCCGGUCGUGAUGAUGCCGAAUCAGAGAAGCAAGACAAGGGGAGGAACUCGUCGGAGGCAGAGUCCCGCGGCGGCGGCGGCGCGUUCAUGCCAUUCAAGGCUGUGGGCUCCGGUGCGCCGGCGUUCGCUCCGCCGUGCUUGAGAAAGGACGACAAGGCUGCGGACGUUGGGAUGCCGGAUCUGUCCUUGAUGUCACUGCUGGCGAUCAAGAGCGCUCCGGCUGCUGCCGGCGCUGUUGACGAAAGCCGUUGCCAGGUUCUGGGAUUUGCACAAGCAGCGGCGAGGGCGGCCGCCAUGGCACCAUCUGGCCCUGCGCUUAGCCACCAAUCUCAAUCACAGCAGACAGAACAUCAGCAGCAGCAGCAGCAGCAGCAAGCGAGGAAGGCAAGACGCUGCUGGUCGCCGGAGCUUCACCGCCAAUUCGUCGCUGCCUUGAAUCAACUUGGUGGCCCCCAAGUUGCCACUCCAAAGCAGAUCAGGGAGCUGAUGAAGAUGGAUGGCCUGACAAACGAUGAAGUGAAAAGCCAUCUCCAGAAGUACCGCCUGCACAACCGAAGGGCGCCUGGAUCCGCCGUUGUAAGCCAGCCGAUCGUGCUUGUGGGAGGGCUCUGGAUCAAUCAGGAGCAAAGCAGCUCCUAGCCUGGAGCCCUGGACCCCCCCCCCCCCCCUCCAUUUCUGAACCUCAGGCAUCGCCGUCUCAUCGGCGGCCACCGUCAGCUUCAAGGAGGAAGAUGGCAGGUCUGAGAGCUAUGGCUGGAAAUGAUGAAGUGGUUGCAUCAUCAGUGUUCAAAGGUCUAGUGGAUUGCGCUACUGCGAUGCCGCCAUUACAGCUUCAGGAGAGAGUCUUGAGCGGAUUGUAGUGUAGUUUAUAUGUACACCGUUGAGUGCUCGAGAUGAAACUGAUCGGGUUGUCGUUAAUGUACAUCCAAAGAGAUGAUACUAGUUACAGUUUUGCGGCUUGUUAAUCCAAGUUUCGGGCAGAGCUACAAGUUUCGCCCUGAGAAUUUGCCCAUACCCGUUGUCGACUUCUAUAGCUUUGUUCUUCUGAAUAAAAUGUUUUUGCUGUUCUUUGUGGAUUGAAUCGAACAGUUAAGAUCA